AUUAAGUCUUAGUGACUGCAAUCUCUCUGAUUAUGAUUUUCCUCGGGGUUUCGGUAACCUGUUCUCAUUGCAAAGAUUAAAUCUAAGCUGUAAUCCAAUUUCUAGACUACCUGAUUGCAUCAGAGGCCUUAAGAGACUCGACGAACUCUCUUUUUCACAGUGUACGAGACUCGAGUUGCUUCGAGGGCUACCCCCUGUGGCAGAAUUGAUAGUAAAUGGUUGCACAUCAUUGGAAACAGUAGCAUUUCAACCAAUGCCUUACAAACCAAAGAUCAUCUUGGAUGAAUCCAAUUACAAGCUAGUUGAGAUUGAGCACUACUUCAAGUUAGAACACAUUGAACGAGUUGAUGAAAGAAUGAUCAACCUUUUGAGCCUGGGCAAGUUGAAAUCCACGGAAACCAUUAUGAUGGAUAGUACCCUACAUGUGUUCAAAACUUGGAUAAAGAGUAGGAUGCAUCCCAUCCAGGGACUGAAUGAAUAUGGUAUAUUCAGCACAUUUCUUCCUGGAAAUGAGGUUCCAGGCCUUUUCAGCCAUAGAAGUAAUACACAGUCGUCAAUAUCUUUAACCGUGCCUAUACGUGGCAAUCUCAAGAUUCGGGGCUUGAACGUCUUCUCUGUCUAUGCAAAGUCCAACAGUGAUUCUCCUAAGAACAUCAAUGCCAAUGUUGAAUCAAUACCUAACCCAAUAGUUACAGCAGUUAAAGUUAGUAAUGAAAAUGGAAAGAAUUUGAAGUGGGUAUAUGUCCCUUCAUUCUUUGGCGUUCCAGGUGAUGGGAAAGACAUGGUAUGGUUAAGCCAUUGGAGGUUAGGAAGUCAAUUAUUAGAUCGUGGCGAUCGGGUGACUGUUUCAGUAUUUACGAGUUUUGAGUUUCAGGUAAAAGAGUACGGCAUUCAGCUUGUGUACGAGAAGAUAGAAUUGACGAUGGAAGAUGAUAGAAUUGACACAAGUCCUUCAAAUAUGGUGCUCCAAGAUCAUUAUGAGGCGGCAGAUGUUCUAAGUUUCUCGAUAGAUGCUCCUUUUUCUCCAUCCGUCAUUGCUGGAGAUUUUUCAAAAACUGAUAAGAUGUCAGGAACGGCAGCUGUUAUAAGUUUCCUCCCGAUAGAUGAUCCUUUUUCUCCAUCUGUCAUUGAUGAAGAUUUUUCAAAAACUGAUAAGGUGAUGUCAGGAUCAGGAACAUACUUCCUUAGCAAUCGACCUGAAGAAAUUGUUGUGUAUAGAUGGUUAUGGUUCGAUGACUUCGUCAGGGACGUUGAGGACAACGGAUCCACCUCCCGUCAAAGAGAGGGAGGGAAGGCAUUCAAUUUCGGUUGGAAUUACGUGGUCAGCUUCUUCACAGUGACAAAGAAAAUUAUUUGGAAAGCAACUCCCGAAAACUUACGUUGCGGCGGAACAGAAGGGUACUAAAUGGAAGUUCCACCAACCCAACUGGGAAAGAAAGCCAUGGAAGGCAAGGCCCAUCGUAAACAGAACAAAAUUGAAGCAAGGUGUUUUGAUUUGAUAUGGAUCGUUCAAAUAACAGUAUGUUAUUUGUGGAUUAGAUUAUGGUGGGUGAUGGUCAAAUAAUGAUGAAAACCCUAUAUAUAAUGGAAAUAAAUAAAUUUAAAAAGGUGCAUGUUGUGCGCACAUUCUACAGUA